AUGGCGGUGCCACCGGCGAGCGCAAGGCGACUCGGGAUGACACCUGCAACAACUGUGGUAGGUUCGGCCACUGGGCCAAGGACUGCCGCCUUCCUCCAUGCUGUGGUGGGCAUGCUCACGUCGCGCAAGCAGGGAAAGAGAGAUAAGUUCUUUGUCAAAGUAUAUGCUGCGGCGUUCUAUGUAGAUUACUCACUUCGCAUUGAUACUGAGCAAUGGAAAGAAAAGAUUGGUAUUGAGAGCUUUGACGGUUCCUCUGUUUUUUACUCCAUUUUUAAGGCACCAGUUGUGAAAUCAUUGAGUAUAAUUCUUGUUAGAGCCGUUGAUGGCAAGACCUUUGUGAAUGCUCUAAAUGAUGUCAUUGCUCACCAAAUAAAAAACCCAAAUGCUGAGGAAGAAUCUUCCCUGUCAACCUUGCAGAAUACCUUUCUUGGGCGCAAUCUCAAACAGGGAACAAGCAUAUACUUAACUUGGCUUGAACCCAAAAGAAUGCUGAUCGUUAUCCAAUGUGUAGCAUUCCGUGAUAAUGAGUCUAAUGCUGUCACCUCUAACAUAGAAAAUAGUGGAAUUCAAACAGUAAAUAUGACAAUAGCUGGUGGUUCUAUUGGAUAG